AGCCAUGCCUGCGGGCGCUGCCUUUGGGGCCGUGCUGCUGGCCGCGCUGCUGGCGGGACCGCGGGGCGCCAAGGGGCGUCUGCUGAGCGACUCCGACCUGGACCCCAGAGGAGGGCAGUUGGUCUGUCGAGGAGGGACCCGAAGGCCUUGUUAUAAAGUCAUUUAUUUCCAUGAUGUUUCUCGAAGGCUGAACUUUGAAGAAGCCAAAGAAGCCUGCAGAUGGGAUGGGGGCCAGCUAGUCAGCAUUGAGUCUGAAGAUGAGCAGAGACUGAUAGAAAAGUUCAUUGAAAACCUCUUGGCAUCUGAUGGUGACUUCUGGAUUGGACUCCGAAGGCAUGAGGAGAAAAAAAGCAAUAGCACAGCCUGCCAGGACCUUUAUGCAUGGACUGAUGGCAGCACAUCAAAAUUUAGGAACUGGUACAUAGAUGAACCUUCCUGUGGCAGCGAGGUCUGCGUGGUCAUGUACCACCAGCCAUCAGCACCUGCUGGUAUCGGAGGCCCCUAUAUGUUCCAGUGGAAUGAUGACCGAUGCAACAUGAAGAACAAUUUCAUUUGCAAAUACUCCGAUGUGAAACCAACAGCUCCUUCUACAAGGCCUGGAGGUGAGGGAACAGACCCAACACCAUCCAUAUUUCCAGAAGAAUCACAGAAAGAAGAUGCCAAACAAACAGUUAAAGAAAGUGAAGACACUGCCUUGAAUCUUGCCUACAUCCUAAUCCCCACCGUCCCUCUUCUCCUCCUCCUUGUGGUAGCCACAGUGGGAUGUGCAGUAUGGAUCUCUAGAAGGAGAGAACGGGAGCAGCCAGAUCCUAGCACAAAGGAUCAACACACCAUCUGGGCCUCUCCUCACCAAGAAGCCAGCCCAAAUCUUGAAGUUUACAACAUCAUAAGAAAACAGAGUGAAGCUGACUUAGCUGAGCCCCGACCAGACCUGAAGAAUAUUUCAUUCCGGGUGUGCUCAGGAGAGGCCACUCCUGAUGAUCUGUCUUGUGACUAUGACAACAUGGCUGUAAACCCUUCAGAAAGUGGGUUCGUGACUCUGGCAAGCAUGGAGAGUGGAUUUGUGACCAAUGACAUUUAUGAGUUCUCCCCUGACAGAAUGGGGAGGAGCAAGGAGUCUGGAUGGGUGGAAAAUGAAAUAUAUGGUUACUAGGACAUGUGAACAAAACUUGAACUGCCAGUGGGAAAGAAACCAGAAGCAAAAUUCUCCUACUUUCCAUGAAGAAAAUGCACAGAGGGUAUAUCAAAAUGCUCUGGGAUUGAGCAUGUGAUCCCCAUUAACUCCUGAUGGGUCCCCAAGUUCUGGGUGCAUUCCUUAUCCCAGCCUUCCACCCAGUUUGACCUUAUGAGAAAGGCACCUUGCCAAAGAUGUGUCCCAUGUGCCAAGCUUGACCUGGCAUAUGGUAGAUUAUCAUUUAAAUGCCAGUAGACUGGUCACAUCUUAUAUCCAAGGGACAGAGCUUGAACUAGCAGGGAUAAGGGUUGAGCUUGGAAACCCCACCGGCAGUUUCUGUUUUCCUUGCUGUGUACAACAGCACACAUCAUCACAAAGAGACAGAAACUACAGACUCUUUUUUUCAAUGCCCACGUGUGGUAGCCGAAGGCUGGCCUGCACAUCAGCAAUUCUAUCUGGACUGUUUUGUUUGUUUUGUUUUCAUAGAAUAAAAUCAAAUAAAGCAGGAAGCAGAAUGCCAGCCAGUCUGUGUCUAUGGCCUUUCCUCUGCCUACAGCCUCAGGGGGAACUUUAUCUCUUCCUCCUGACAUCUAAACAUAGAAAUAACCAUCUUGAAAAUACUUUUUGAACUAAAAAUGAAAUUUGUGUCUCUGCUAUGGGUCUUAUUUGUUCUCCUAGCCCUGAAAGACCAUCACAUUCUAUUUUUGGUGCCUGUUUUACUGCAACAUCGACCUACUGCAAAUAAUAAUCUUACUUUUGCUUCAGAGACUUGAUAACGUCAAAUACUUUUGGUCUCCAAUCUAGAGGAAAGUUUCUUAUCCCAGGAUCAGCCAUGUAUACUUGGACUCCACACCCACCAGUAACCUCCCUCUAUCAGUUUAGCAAUCUGUCAUCUUCUCUUACCUUUUCAUAACUUGGCAGAUAUGUUUCCUAUAUGGAGCCCCAAACUAGACAAAGUUAACUAGUCUCAGAGUUGUCAAUGCAGUGGACCGGAACCAUUGCCUGGCAAUCUAACCUCCUGUACCACAGAAGAGUGUGAGUAACUAAAAUGCCUUUUGUUGCCCACUUUGGACAUGUGGUUUGUGGGGUUACAACAGUAUGUGCUCUAAAACGCCCAUGUUCCUACUUUGCUUCCUAUGCUGGCUCUAUAAUCUUUCUCUAAUCUUACGCUGUGCCCCACGACUCAGGCCUCCAUUAGGUAGCAAGCUCUGUGAGUGUGGGAAUCUUACCUGGCCCUUGGUACCAGCCCUCCUACAACCCUGACAGCCCAGCGCACCGUAGGCAACCAAAAGCUAUAGAAUAUGCACAACGAAUCCUUCAGAUCAAUGUAAAACUAUCCAAAUAUUUCAACUGAAAGAUCUGUUGUACUUAAUUUCUCCUGGGUAGAGAAGAUAAUUGAACCGUUUGAAGAGAACUCCUGUUGCCAAGAAAGAAGAAAGCACAGUGCAAAGUAAACAGAAGCUAGUGAAGUGUAGUCACAGUGUACUUUAAAUAUAUCACAAAAACUGCAAGUGUGGACUCAUUCUCACUCUGUAUGUGGAACAAGGUUAUAAGCAAGGGGAUCAGUACCUUUCCUUUGUUAUUCAUGUGUUAUCUCUCCGCUGGGACCCACAGAUUGUCAUCCCAUGUAUGCUUACAGACAGUCUUGUCCUUUGUAUUAUUUAAUGUCCUUUUUCUUCCUCCUUAUGCAGGUACAUUUCUAUCUAGUAAUUGUCCUCUGUUUAUUUGACAAACAUUUGCUAAAUGUUACAUACUUACUAUGUUCAAACUGAACACUGGGUUUAUUCAUGGAGCUAAUAUCAUUUGGAAAUUUGGUAAGUCUCUUCCAUCAUUUAAAAUGGGAUGUUGCUCAGUGGUAGAGUGUUUGGUUAGCAUACAGCAGGUCCUGGGUUCAAUCCCCAGGGUGGCUAAUUGUCACAGUUAUAUUGACAAUACCUAGUUGCCUUUGUUUAUAGGAAACAUACAUUUGAGAAUUAAGGGAUGAUGGGAUCCAGUCAAAACUCACUCUCAGAUGAGUAGGAAGUAGAGGAUAUUAUUUAUAUUUAACUUGCAACUUUUUCUCUUAAAUGGAAAUUCUUGAAGGGAAAGUAUUUUUGAACAUUGGUACUACAAUUGUUGAUAACAUAUUACUUAUCUCUGCGCACAACACACCAGUUUGCCAUGGUAUUGUGGAUGAGAAUGUCUGAGAGCCUCUGAUUCAAGAUGACAAUGAAUCCCUUAUAAAGCCAUCAGCAACACCCAGUGCCACUGUAGAGCAUAGAGAUGUGAUACAGACCUACUCAAAACAUAGGGACAACAGGUGAGUUUCAGAACUUUGAUCUGCCAGAACUGCUUUCCACGUUUCUGUUUCUCUGCCUAUUCAAGGAGCUAUGCAGCUUCUUAACCCUAAAAGGAGAAGGCAGAUAGCCCUUUUAGAU